AUCGAGGUGGAAGAAAGAGAUUAACGACAGCUAGUGGCGGUACAGAUUCAGGAAGGUGACGUUUGUGCUUUUCUUUACAACAAAAAAAAACAGAGUAGAUCUCGGUGAUCGAGUAAAAGGAGCAGUUUUCCUGCCGGUUCAGUUAUUUACACAUCUGUCUAGUUCGGAGACUUAGGGAUGAACUGAAAAUGAACGUCAACCAGCAACCUCACAUGGCCUCUCCUUACGGACAGCCGCAGUCUGGCUACCAGGGCAACCCACACUCCGGUUAUGGGGGUCAGCAAUUGCCCGGGGGUUAUGUGGGCCCGUAUGCUCCGUACAACGGACCUGCGUCUAAUUACCAAACAGGCCCACCUCAAGGAUAUUCUUCUUAUGCAAGCUUUCCUUCUAAGGCUCUUGCAGCAAACUUAGUCUCUGACCUGUCCUCUUCCUCUCCUCUUGACUUGGGUAUGAGAGGACCCCCCACCUCCGGUGCACCCCCGGUGUCUGCAGCUCAGCCGUAUUCACAGUUUGGGCAGAGUGACGUACAGAAUGGCCCACCAUCUAUGGGUGCCCCUCCACAAAGGCCAUCUGCGUCUCAGCCGUACACUCAAGGAUCAGUUAGCUUGUCAGGUCCUCAGCCUGCAUACCCCCAGCAGUUUGGAGCACCACCCACCAGUAUGCAGCAGGUGACCAAUCAGAUGGCAGGCAUGCAGGUUGGGUCCACUGUACCCUCCUCAGCUGGCCCGGGCUACGCUCUACCUGCCAUCUCCCAGGCUCCUGUUCCAGCUCCUCCAUCCUCUUUUGCUCCCACGGCUCCUGUCCCCACUCGGCCCCCGCCUACCUCGGGUCCACCACAUACACCAGCUCAGUCAUAUUACGGAGCUCCUCCUGCUCGUCAACCAUUCCCAGCUACAGCCCCACCUUUCUCGUCUGCACCAGGUCCUACCCAGCUCCCUCCUCCACCCUUGGCUUCACAGCAGACUUUCAGUCAGGCCUCUCCUCUUUCACAGCCUCAGUUUUCAUCAGCCCCACCUACAGGCCCUGCUGCAUUGUAUGGAGGCCCACCUCCACCAGUGCAGGCCACUCACUCUAGAGCACCCCUUCCCACUUCCCAGCCUUCAGCUUUCUCUGGAGGGCCUCCACCGAGCUCUGCACCAUCCCAGUACUCAGCAACCAUACCCCCUGCAUCACAGCCUUCUCCAUUCCACUCAGGUCCUCCUCCACCCACCACUGCUGCUGGAUUUCCACCCCAAGCAGGUGCACCUCCUAGGCCUCCACACUCAGGCAUGCAGGGGCCUCCUAUGGCCUCCCAGGGGCCUCCUAUGGCCUCCCAGGGGCCUCCUAUGUCCCAAGUGAACCAUGUGACCCCUCCACAACCCGGGAUGUUGCAUGGACCCACCACUCCCGGAAUGGCACCGCCACAGCCAGGGAUGCAGGGUUAUCCACCUCAGCAGAACGGUGCUUUUGGGCAAGUGAGAGCUCCUCAGCCUGCCUAUGGUGGACCAUAUUCUGGGCAGCAAGGCUACGGAGCUCAGCCGUCUGCACAAGCCCCUCCUCCUGCAGCGAAGAGACUUGACCCGGACUCCAUUCCCAGCCCGAUUCAGGUGAUUGAGGAUGACAAGGCAAACAAAAGCAAUGAGCCUUUUGUCACUGGGGUCAGAGGUCAAGCCCCACCCCUCGUCACUACCAACUUCCAUGUUAAAGAUCAAGGGAAUGCGAGUCCACGUUUCAUCCGUUGCACAGCCUAUAACAUGCCAUGUACCUCAGACAUGGCCAAACAGUCCCAGGUGCCGCUGGCUGCAGUUAUCAAACCGCUGGCUACUCUGCCUCCAGAUGAGAAUCCUCCUUAUAUAGUGGAUCAUGGGGAAAGCGGUCCUAUUCGCUGUAAUCGCUGUAAGGCUUACAUGUGUCCCUACAUGCAGUUCAUAGAAGGGGGAAGACGCUUCCAGUGUAGCUUCUGCAACUGUGUCACGGAAGUGCCUCCCCAUUAUUUCCAGCAUCUGGACCACACAGGGAAGCGUGUAGACUGCUACGACCGACCCGAGCUGUCCCUGGGCAGCUACGAAUUUGUAGCCACAGUGGAUUAUUGUAAGAACAACAAGAUUCCUCAGCCUCCAGCCUUCAUCUUCUUAAUUGAUGUGUCAUACAAUGCUGUGAAAAGUGGCAUGGUGAGGAUUGUAUGUCAGGAGCUUAAGAGCCUGUUGGACUAUUUGCCCAGAGAGAACCCUGAUAUGGAUUCCAAUAUACGAGUAGGCUUUGUAACCUACAACAAAGUGCUGCACUUCUAUAAUGUAAAGGCUUCUCUGGCCCAACCUCAGAUGAUGGUGGUCUCAGAUGUGGCAGACAUGUUUGUACCCUUGUUGGAUGGAUUCCUUGUCAAUGUCUCCGAGUCCAGGGUUGUCAUUGAGAGUUUGCUGGAUCAGAUCCCCGAGAUGUUUGCUGACACACGAGAGACGGAGACAGUGUUUGGCCCUGUUAUCCAAGCUGGACUGGAAGCGCUUAAGGCUGCAGACUGUGUUGGAAAGCUGUUUGUCUUCCAUACCUCUUUGCCCAUCGCUGAAGCUCCAGGCAAGCUGAAGAACAGGGAAGACAAAAAACUGGUGGGCACAGACAAAGAAAAGACAUUAUUCCAGCCCCAAGUGAGCUUCUAUGCUAACCUGGUGAAAGAUUGUGUGGCACAGGGCUGUUGUGUGGAUCUCUUCCUGUUCCCUAAUCAGUAUGUAGACCUGGCAACAUUAGGGGUGGUACCCACUUCAACUGGAGGUUCCAUCUACAAAUACACCUAUUUCCAGGCCCAGUCUGACCAGGAGCGGUUUCUGAACGAUCUAAGGAACGAUGUGCAGAAGCAGGUGGGCUUUGAUGCGGUGAUGAGGGUCCGCACAAGCACUGGUAUCCGGGCCACAGACUUUUUAGGUUCAUUCUACAUGAGCAACACCACAGAUGUCGAGCUGGCGUGUCUGGACUGUGACAAAACCAUCACAGUGGAGUUCAAACAUGACGACAAGCUCAGUGAGGAGACUGGCGCACUCAUCCAGUGUGCUGUACUAUACACCAGCUGUGGUGGUCAACGGCGACUGCGGAUCCAUAACAUGGCAGUGAACUGCUGUGCACAACUGGCUGACUUGUACAGAAACUGUGAAACAGACACCAUCAUCAACUUCUUUGCUAAGUAUGCAUACCGCAGUGUACUGAACAACCCUACCAAGAAUGUUCGAGACAGUCUGGUGAACCAGUGUGCCCAGAUCCUGGCCUGCUAUCGCAAGAAUUGUGCUAGCCCAUCUUCAGCUGGACAGCUGAUCCUCCCAGAGUGCAUGAAGCUACUUCCUGUGUAUCUCAACUGUGUACUGAAGAGUGACGUUCUGCACCCUGGAGCAGACGUCUCCUUGGAUGAUCGCGCGUAUCUGAGACAGCUGGUCAGCGCCAUGGAUGUGGCAGAGAGCCAUGUGUUCUUUUACCCACGGCUGCUUCCAGUGCACAAGUUGGAUGUGGAGAGUGAUGCUCUGCCUGUGGCAGUCAGGGACUCUGAAGAGAGACUGUCUAAAGGGGGCAUUUACCUCCUGGAGACUGGCCUGAACCUUUUCCUUUGGGUGGGAGUCAACACCCAGCAGGAGCUUCUCCAGAACAUCUUUGGCACCCCUGCUUUCAGCCAGAUCGAUCCUAACAUGACGUCUUUGCCGAUGUUGGAUAAUCCAUACUCGAAGAGGCUGCGGGAGAUUAUUGAGUCUUUCCGCACACAGCGCUCUCGCUACAUGAAGCUGGUGGUGGUGAAGCAGGAAGACAAACUUGAGCUCAUCUUUAAGCAUUUCCUUGUGGAGGACAAAAACAACAGCGGUGGGGCCUCUUAUGUGGACUUCUUGUGUCAUAUGCACAAGGAGAUUCGCACACUUCUGAGCUAGGAGAGCUCCCUUUGCCCUUUUUAUCUGACAAACAAGUUCUGUCCUCCUGUCAUUUCCCCUCCUCUAAUGUAAUGUUCUAUAAAGUGCAGGAGGAAAAUCAGUUUCUCUCCAUGUGCUGUCACAUUCUGGUGUCUAUCUGUGAUUUGGUUUGGGGGGGGAGUUGCGAGGUGUGUGUUUGUGUGUGAGAGAGAGUGAGUGAGUGUGUGAAUUAGAGAGAAUGUUGGUGUGCAUGAAUCGGCAUAUGUAUGAGGGAUGCUAUUGAUAUUUCCCACCACUUCCUGAUAUAGUAACAGAUUAUCCAGCGCAGCUGCUGUAAGGAUCACUUUAUUCUGAACAAACACUUAAGUGCAGAAUUAACAAUGUGUUAAUUACACUGCAGGAUAAUAGGCUUUAAAAGUGUGUGCAUGUGUGUGGACUGUGAGUGCGGGAACACUGGCACUGUAGGCGGUAGUAGACGGCAUUAAUUAUUGAGCCCGAUUUUCUGAGAAAGAUCCCGACAAGUAGAAACGAACGUUUAUUUUUUUUCCUCUUCCAAAUAACUUAUUGUUUCUUCAUGUAAUUUUUGCAGUCGUGGAUGUUUUGUUCAGUUAGUCCUCGUGUUUCAUUUUCAACCAUGGCCUUACUGACCCAUCUCUCCAUUUCUCACCCGUUUUCUGCUAGUCUUCGUGGGGUUUUGUUAUCAUUUAUUGUCAUCGUUAUUGGUUUUUAAAAGUGUGCAGGAACCCUUUGACUGAUGGAUUAUAUGGGAAGCAGUGUUUUUAAGUGUGCUUUUCACUGUCCAUACAUCUAACUCUUCAGAUAUAACACUCGCUCUAAAAUUCUAUGCAUCAGAUUAGCUCUGGAUGGAGGAACAUGUAACCAAACAAGCCUAAUAUUGAAGUUACGAGGGAACAGGAUGCGUGCUGAGUUAACUGGGCAUGCCUGAAGCUGUGUUACAGUGUGAGCAUUUGAGAACGGAUGAAGAAUUCUCCUAUUGUGGAGAGGGUAUGGGACCUAUCAGAAAGCACUCUGACUGGGCCGGAUGAUGUAGUUCAGAUUAGCCAGCUGGACGGGAGUUUAUGCAGUCGAGCUCUUCUUAAUGAGAAUGGAGACUGUAGUCCAGAUGGCAGCCAUCUUCAAAGGAAGCUUCAGUUCCUGGGCUUAUAUUACAGGAACAGCUACUUGUACUGUUUCUAAUGUCUCCAGAUUUUCUGUUUGUUACUCUUUUUUUUUUUUUCUUUCUUUUUUCUUUCACUGUAUGAUCAAGUGCUAACCUGUACCAUGAAUCAUUAUAUAUCAUUUUACAAUCCAAUAUUCAUUUCUAAAUGUUUUGAGGGUUAGAAUCCUGGAGCAGGCAGAGUCAGGCGCAGACCUCGGCGCUGGGUUCUUGUCUGCCCUGGUCUUGUCUUUCUAGUGAAAAAAAACAAACAACAAACCUUUGUACAGUGAAAGCAUACGGCAAGAGUAACGUGAAAAGUUUAGAACUGCCGAUUUCUAACCGUUUUGAAGCAUGUGCAGGAUUGUGACCUGAAAAGCAAUCAACACUGAAUACCUUGUCAUCACAUGUAUUUACAUGUACAGAAUUAAAAAUCACAUUUUAAACAUGAUGCUCAGUUAGUGUGCUUUGUUGGAUAUAUACAGCAAUGAAAACCUGCCCGUCAUACCUACAGACUUAGAAAGGAAGUGUUGCAUCAUCACAGACUUCUCUCUUUCUGUCUUUCUUUCAUUUCUCUUGGUUUUCUUUUUUUUUAUGAUUGUUUGCCCAAGUACAGCCUCCAGAGUUCCUCUCAAAGCACUGAUGAAGCGAGAGCUGGAGUGUCUGAAUGUUCAUCCUACUGUAAUCUUAACAGUGUUUAUAUAAAGAUUGGUCCUAAUGAAAUUCCUCAGAGAAAGGAGGGAUCUACCUUUAAUAACUGCCCUUUUUUAGAUUUUUUUUUUUGCCCUUUUCAUUUCUUUUGUAUCUGACUUUUUCCCACUCAUAUCCUAACCCGACAAUCUGUGUUUGUGUAAGUUUAGAAUUCAUGACUCAUGUCUUAUCUUUGCCACCUAACUGCAAAAUAAAUAUCUAAAUCAAGUUGUUGGUUGACUCUUCCACGUUGAUUUAAAUAAUCAGGACAUCUGGAAGCAGCCUGGUGUUGGUUAUACCUCAUGUAUCAUUGCUUCUGAGCUCACUUUUUCUUUAUAUAUCGUUUCUUUAUUUCAUAGGUUCCCUGCAUGUUCUUGCUGUCCGUCAGCUAAUUAACAGCACUUCCUGAGUUUACAGUACAUUGGUGUGUUAGGGUACGAGAAAGACACCAAAAUAUGCAGGACAACGGGUACUCCAGAAACCUG